CGUGCGAAGAAGAUGACGACGGAGCUUCCCCGCAUUCUCGUGUUGGGGGGCGUCGGCAUGAUCGGCCGCAACUUCGUCAAGUACUGCGUGGACAAUGAUUUGUGCAGCUACAUCCGUGUCGCGGACAAGUCGAUGCCCGAGAUCUCGUAUUUCAGCGACGAACACAAGGCUGCGUUUGCUUCAGAUAUUGUUGAAUACGUGCAAGCUGACUUGACGCGAGAUAGCCACGUCGACCGUGCGUUCAAAGUGGAGGCCGGGCCAUACGACUACGUGUUCAACCUCGCUGGAGAAACUAAGUGCAGCCAAGCCGAGUCCGUCUACAGCUCCAAGUGCCGCGACUUGGUGGUGAAGUGCGCCAAGAAAGCGCUCGAAGUGCAUGUAAAGAUGUUUGUCGAAGUGUCAACUGCAUAUGUGUACAAGUCGCAGACGAAAGCGCCAGCUACCGAGAACGCAAAGCUCGACCCGUGGACCCUCCAGGCCAAGUACAAACUCCAGGCAGAGGAAGAGCUCCGCGGUCUUGGCGGCCUGAACGUGGUCUUCGUGCGUCCAGUCACGGUGUAUGGUCCUGGCGACGUCGGCGGCCUCAUGCCACGCCUCGUCUGCGCUGCUUCGUACACGCAACUUGGCGAAACGAUGAAGUUGCUGUGGGAUGCCGAAAUGCGAGUGAAUACGGUCCACGUGCGCGACGUGUGCAAGGCGUUGUGGCACGUGGCCAUCGCGGGCACGCCGAGUGAAGUGUACAACGUCGCCGACAAGUCCGAUACGAGUCAAGGGACGAUUAACCAACUCGUCAGCGAACUGUUCAACGUCGAGACGGGGUUCAUGGGGGUCCUUGUCUCGAAUUUGGCCAAGCUGCGGCUGGAUGACGUGGUGAACCACUCGAACGAGAAGCACAUGAAGCCGUGGUCCGACCUGUGCAAUGCGCAUGGAGUAACCAACACGCCGCUGUCGCCGUUUAUCGAUCGCGAGUUGCUGUGCCACAACCAGUUGUAUGUGGAUGGGUCCAAGAUCGAAGGCACGGGCUUCACGUACGACUACCCUCAUCUCCGCGUGGACCACGUUCGCGCCAUCGUCCAAGAUGCCAUCAACCAGCGCAUCUUUCCACCCGUGCUGGCUUGAGAACCAUCCCUAACGUUGCCAGGACGCGCUGGAAUGCAUUCCAUCGUACAGGUGAACGAUAGACGCGAGCUUUCUCGUGGAGACCCCCAAAACGAAUUGAACGGAAGUUGGGCCGACCAUGAUGUGUGUGGCGAUGUCGCGAUCGGUUGUUCGCAGUCGUGGCAUGCGUGUCCCUCCAGCAUGAUGGAAAGGGGGCGGAGACGACAUCGUCCCCUGGAAACUGGCGACAGUGAAGAGUUGGCACAUCGCUCGAUUAUUGCUUGGGCAUGUUGGUGUCGUUUAAAAGAACUUGAAGUAUAUCACGAGCACGACAAAGAGCGCGAUCGCGACAAGCGGCCCAUACUUUUGGUACAUGGCCUGCAAACUGAGCUUCUUGGCGCCCCACUUGAACUCCUUCGACCGAUCCGCAAUGUUGGACGAUAUCUGGGACACCCCUGCGAC